AUGUCAACCUUCAACUUCCCCCGACACAAGCGCCAGUCGCUUGGAUCCCGGUACAGACCCCUAUCAGAGACCUCCCAGUUUCUUCUUCAAAAUCUAGGCGGUUCUUCAGAGCCACUUCCCCAAAACUAUCCUGUCCCACCCCCUCGUGUCGGAACCUUCGAAGACGACUAUGUUCUAUGCAAUCGAGUCUCCGGUCUGAUGGACGUCGACUAUUUGCGUGACAGAGACUCCAUUGGAAGCGACCUUUAUUCGGAGCGCGGCUCUCUGUAUGUAGUGAACUCCGGUAUCGAGACCCAGUCUAUCAACAGCGAGGGAUCUGUCACUAGCGAUAUAUCUAUCGGAAGUGAGAGUGAGGCUGAACUCCCAGCAUGCUUGACUCCGGGAAGAAUUUCGAACGCGCAGCCUCCUUCCGAUGCGUGCAUGGGAAUCCAGGAUUUCAUGGAAGAAGUGAGCCAGCACUGCGACAGUUACUUCGACGAUAGUGGUGUCGAUAUUGCACCUGCUCCUUUGAGACCGAGAAAGCGCCAGAACAACAAGAAGCGUCCCCACAAGACCUAUCGCGCCUUUAAAAAAACCAAAUUUCACUUCGACGAACACGAGGCCGAUGACCAUUCCCAUGAAAAGCGCGCGCAACCGGCCGUCGAAGAAGCAAUUGAACAGCAUCUGGCCCAAUUGGAGCAUCAAACCGCGGAACUCAGGGAGAUGUUAACCGCCUGCGAAUCCAAACUCUCCCAGAUGACCGAACAGCUUGCACAGUCAAAGUCGGAGAAGCAAGUUGUGUCCUUCAAGUCAUCCUUCGAACCGAAGACUGCGAAAUAUAAUGCGCUCCCCGUGAAGGAUAAUCCCUUCCCGAUAGUUGAGUACAAGAACGAGAGCCGUCGUCAUGGAGAUGCUUACAUGGAUUUCCUGCGUGUCGACUUUAUGGAUGCUGAGCAAGUCGAUCUCUUGUCCUAUGUGAAUAAUGCAGGCCUGAAUGCGCAGCAACGUAGAGGUCGAUUGCCGCGAGCUUGGGCUGCCUGA